AUGGAUGUCGAAUUACAUCGAAGGAUCUCAGAGACCACAACGAGCAAAGGCUCAGACAGUACAAACGAUGGCAGUCCACUACUUCAGCCAGCGAAUUCUGACCAGGCCAAAAGGCUGAAAGACGAAGCUUUGACUUUCAUGCGAGACAAGCAUCCAAAGCUGGUCGAUGUUGACGCUGUUGAUGUUCUGAAGGUGAUCAGCUCAACGAUUUGUUAUCUCACACGAAACGCGCAACAGGAACUCACUGAGAUUUCCAUCUCAAUUGCCUUCCCACAAGUGAUUCUGCAGUGUCACUAUCUCACAAAUCUAUUGAAUUCUCUGGCAUUACCGGAAGACCAUGGUGGUCAAGCAUUUCGUUACCUGAACUCGGAAUACUCUUCCGUCUUAAGUAGACUGCACCAAUAUUUCGACUGGAUGUUGGAGUAUGCAUGGAACAUCGUUUUCGAUAACUGGAAGAGUAAAGCCAAAGGCGGUGACUGGAUCGACAACAAAACCAGUGACCUGAAAUCCAACCUUGCUGAAAUUUUGCUUAUGACCAAUUCCGUCAAAGAAGCCUUCAGACAGAUUGACGAGAUUGCCGAAACAAGCCUUUUUGAGAUUACACUGAAGGCACAAGAAACAUUCGAUAUGUUCGAGAAGGGCAUCUCAGACUGUACGGCAAAAGCCGAAGAGCUGCGAAUCAAACAAGCAGCGUUGCCGCUAGCUAUCUGCUCAACUAUGCUUUGCGAAAUGCCAGAAAGUAUUCCUGCACUGGACAGUAACUUCUACUCCACACUCAGCCAGUGCGUUUCCUCGUUCGCUGGGCUCUACGUCAUCGUCAAGCCAAUCUUGCGCAAGGGCGAGGGAGGCAAAAUUAAGACAAAAUUUCCAAAGGUCUUUUACACGAUGCUUGCCACGUCAUUGUUGACAAGUGUAGCAAGUGCUGUGGGCUAUGCAUGGAGCCCGCCGUCUAGCAUUCCUCUCGCGUAUGUGUCCGGCUUGACACUAAAUAUUGCAACACUUUUGAUCAUCCAGGACUCUGGAAACCAGAUCAAAGAAGGUUUUGAGGAGACUGGUCGUUUGGCAGCUGAGGUUAAUGAUCUAGAGGCAGAGCUUGGUGCGCUUAGAGGCCGAUACUAA